AUGAGUUUGUUUGUUCUGUCACAAAUACAUAUAAAACAAUAACCUACGUAUGUGAGAAUCAAACUUUAACUGUGACCUCUGACCCCUGUCCAAUGUGUGUGUGUGUGGUGUUGAAGAUUAGGGGAUGUCUUAUGUUUAUGUAUAAAUCUAUAGGAUCACCGGUCUGUCUGUCAGACCUUUAAUGUGCUUUUCAGAGUGGACAUUAUACAUCAAAACAAAGACACCAAUCUUCAGGAUUACUUUUGGUUUCGAAUGUUUCUUAAAUGAAUAUGUCUUCAUUUCUCUGUUUGUGCUCCCACACACACUCCACAGCUGUCAUAUGUUCCCCACCUCCUCAUUCAGAAUUCACAUACGUCUCCAUGGAAACCAUGAACUCAAAAUCUCUCCAGAACAGAAAUCUGUCCAGAAACAACAGAGAUCUUGACGCUUAAGAAGAUCAAAUAGAAGAGUUAGAUGUAGCAGGCCUCUCUGUGACCCCUCACCGAAAUCAACCCUAACGGUCAGUGAUGUAGAUGUUUUUAUGGAUUAUAGUUGACCACUGCAUUAGCACAUGAAGCACAGUUUAACCGCAGCACAAGGACAUCAGAGAUCAGUCUGGAAACAAACUCCGCACGCACUGGAGUGAAAGUAAAGAGGAUGAAGUGAAGCUCUGGUUGGACGGGAUUUAAGGUGAAUUUCUCUUGACGUGAGUGACAGACUCGCAUCUUCCUCCUCCUCCUCCUCCUCACCCACAUGAGCGCGAGACCGCGGGACGAGGAGCGCGUGCGCUCGGAUAUUAUGCGCCAGUAAAGUCAAACCAGAGAGACAGGAGGAAUGAACCCGCGAAAAGUAGAAAAAACAUGAAAUACAAAAGCACCUGCACGCGAGGAAAGACGGACGUGACGCUUUCUUUUCACGAGGUACAGUAUCGUGUCUCCAGAUGAGGAGCGACUGAAGAUCUCGGCCCUCGGCCUUCACAAUGGCCACAGCUCCGGCCGGCGGCAGUCUCCCGUCAGCGGCGUGAGCUCAGGAGGAGAGGGGACGAGCUCAGGAAUGGGAUCCGAGCACAACGGCAAGAUCUUCACCGGCGGCAGGAGUCACCUGCGGAGUCGCUUCGUGAAGAAAAACGGCCAGUGCAACAUCAUCUUCUCCAACAUGGAGGACAAGCCGCGGCGGUACCUGGCGGACAUCUUCACCACGUGCGUGGACAUCCGCUGGAGGUACCUGCUGCUGAUCUUCUGCUCCGCAUCGCUGGCGUCGUGGCUCGUCUUCGCGUUCGUCUUCUACAGCGUGUCUCUGGCUCACGGAGACUUCCACACAGACGGAGCGAAGGACCGCAAGCCGUGUCUGCUGCACGUGGAGGGUCUGGUGGGAGCUUUUCUCUUCUCCAUGGAGACUCAGACCACCAUCGGUUACGGCUGGCGCUGCGUCACGGAGGAAUGUCCCGGCGCCAUCCUGACGGUGGUGGUUCAGUCCAUCGUGGGCUGCGUCCUCGACGCCUUCAUGAUCGGCACCAUGAUGGCCAAGAUGGCACGACCCAAGAAGAGGAACCAGACGUUACUGUUCUCCGAGAACGCCGUGAUAGCGCUGAGGGACAGAAAGCUGUGUUUGAUGUGGCGCGUGGGGAACCUGCGCAGGAGUCACAUCGUGGAGGCUCACGUGCGUGCUCAGCUCAUACGGCCGCACGUCACGGCGGAGGGCGAGUUCAUCCCCCUUGAGCAGACGGAUCUGAACGUGGGCUACGACGACGGCACCGACAGACUCUUCCUGGUGUCUCCUCUGGUGCUGGUGCACGAGAUCGACGAGGACUCGCCGCUCUGGGGAAUGAGCCGAGCCGAUCUGGAGUCUGAGGACUUUGAGAUCGUGGUGAUCCUGGAGGGGAUGGUGGAGGCCACGGCCAUGACCACGCAGGCUCGGAGCUCCUAUCUUUCUCGGGAGAUCCUCUGGGGUCAACGCUUCGAGCCGGUCAUCUUUGAGGAGCGCGACCGCUACCGGGUGGAUUACGGCCGCUUCCACAAAACCUACGAGGUGCCGUCCACGCCCGUCUGCAGCGCGAGAGAGCUGAGCGAGGUCACCGCCUCGUCCCGCUCCGAGACGACCGCGAGUCCGUCACGUUCACUCAGCGCUUUCUGCUACGAGAACGAGGUGGCGCUGUGCGCUGGAGAGGACGAGGGCGUGCGGGACCAAGAGGAGUUUCAGAUGUCACAGGACUCCAGUAAUGUGCUGUGCGUGUUAGACAUGGACGACCGAAUCGAGUUUGACAAUUUAAAGACGGCCAUACCUCUCGAUCCACUGACAUACAAGAGUGAGUCUGAGAUAUGAUGCCAGUCAUUUGAAGGAUUCUGGAUGUUUGUAAGAGCGGUGUGAAUAUCUCACAUAUUUCUCUUACGCAUCAGUGAGAUUCAAUGGAGAGCAAAUGGAAACUUGUGUCUCAGAUGUUUCUCCUGAGAAAGAGAUGUGUGUGUCAUGAGAGCUUGAGAAGAGAUGUCAACCGUGUGUCAAACUGAGCUCACAUUUGUCUCGUCAGCGAUCAAAAGUCAAUAUUAUUGAAGAUCUCAAUAUCUACUCAAACAUUUCUCGUCUCAUUACAAUCUACAUUCGUUCACACCUCCAGACUCUUCAUGUGUUCACACAAUCACACUCUCAUUUCUGUUUCUAUUUCUCCUGAGACACAAGUGUGAACUCCAUCAAAUCAAUAACAUGCUCAACAUCUGAAGAGAGAUUUUGCUGUAUUAUGUCUGUAUUCUCUUGUAAAGAUUGUGUUGUGUUUGUCUUCUGUUUACAAAGGGAAUCAGAUGAGAGAGAGAGACGGAGAGAGAGAGAGAGAGACUCUUUGAGAUAUAGAGUUGAAAUAAAGGGUUUUCUUUUUCUCUUUUUUUUAAUGGGUUUAACAUGUCUGAUGUCAAACUCUGCACUUUCUGCUUCAUUGAAAUAAAUCUUUAUACUGUACUGUGUAUGGACGUAUUAUGAUCAGAUUUAUACUUCAUCAGACAGUGACGCACGCGCACGCGCAGCUCGUUAUUGUGGCGCUGUCUCCCUCUCCUGGUCACUGUGCUGUGUUACAGCGUCUGUCUGUCAGCUUCUGAACUCUUUGUGACUGAUGUACAGAAACACGAGUCUCACUGUCAGUAAGAGAGAAUAUACUGGACUUUAUAAAGACAACUAUGACUCUUAUUAGGAGAAACUGAAGAUAUGACAAUUUGGUCAAUUUGGACUAGCCUUCGUAGCUUUAUCAGAUUUUAAAAUUCUAACAUCUGUGAUAUUGUUGCAGUUUGUUUCAAUCUAAAACAUUCAAUUCUGUUUAAUAAGAUUGUUACAGAAAUAUCAAACGAAAGUUCAGCUUGAGAUGAGUAAAGUCUGGAUAGACUAAUUCUGACAAUAAUCAUGUGAUAUAAUGAACUGUGACGUCAUGUUAACGCCACACAUGAGUUGACACCUGGAGGUUUUACACCUGUUGAACUUUUCAAGAGUGACAAACUCAUACUGUGACUGUGAUUUAUUCCCCAGAAAACAAAGACGUGCAGAUGUUCUCUUCAUCGUUUCUCAUAAAAACAUUCAUCAGAAACACAGAGAAAGAGAGAGAUGGUUUGGGAUCAAUGCCUGAGGCAGA